AUGAUAACUCGUUCCAUAGCCAAAUCGUUUCCAAUUGAUCAUUAUGCCCUUGUACAACAAGAACCCAUCAUCAUCAUACAUUUCACCAUAUCCAAAUGGAAUUCCCAACUUGUUUUCUGCCAAUAUCAAUCCUUCAAAUCGACUUCCAUGAUCCAAAUCCACGAUUCCUUCUACUACUUCUAUGGAUUGUUCUUCACUGUACGAAAUAUCACCAAUUUGAUGAUUUCCAAACACUUUCAACACUUUCUGCUCAUUGAGGACAAAUCCUUGAUUCAUGAAUACUCCAUUAUCGAAUAUGAAAUCCAUCCAUUUGGUUUCAUUUCUUUAUUUACACAUCCUUGCCGUUUUUCAAUGACAGAAUAA